AUGCUUGCACGAGGUUUAUUUAGUCCUGGAAUUUAUCAAACUGUAAUUGAUGGAACAAUAGUGGUAACAAACCAACAAAAACAAUUACAAUCAACAUCUCUAUUUGGAUAUUCACCAGCUCCAAUUACUGUCCCAUUUCCACCAUCCAUUCCUAAUCCAAUCAAUGUUGCUCCUCCUCCAAAUAAAUAA